AUGCCCGUCCUGAACCCUUUUCUGCGCGCGCUCUUUCAGAGUAGUGUGCUAGGACACGCCCUCCCCUCGCAGAACUAUGUCCUCCUGGUGCCUACCACCGAAUCCCUCCUGUUCGGCCAGGAUCGCGAAACGAACAGGAGAUAUGCCGACCAGGUCGAAGAUGAAGACUUCCUUGGAAGCCACAUCCUCCGGAUCAUCCCCAACGCGGCCGCGAAGGAGGGAAAUGUCCGCGACAACCGUACCAAGGCGAAAAACUACUCCACCGUCAACGGGCGCACGGUCAUCGUCAAGGAGAAUGUCGUGUAUAGUAACAAGGGCUUCAAACAUUUGAAUCAGGCGCCCCUGUUGAGUGAUCUGCUGUAUUAUUCGCCGGGGAAUGAUAUGCAACAAUGGCUAGUCUACUACAUCUCCAAGCCCUUGACGGGUCUGUUCGAAGCAUUGCCCAUUAAGCCCGCCAUAAUCGGAGACAGGACAAUCACCGCGUCCGCGUCCGCGCCAGUUGCUUCUUCAUCGUCUUCCGAACCUCCGACGCCUAAGAAGAAAGAUAUCAAGAGCUUUGGACAGCUGCUGGAGAACUUCCCCAUGAUUCAGCGACAAAUGCAGUCGGGCUUGGAGAGGUUGUUCAACGAGUUUGGCAAGGAACUGGGAAAACCCCUGCCACCACCACCUUCGCAGCCUUCACCCCGUCCGCUGUCGAGCGAGUGGGAUGGAACGACUCAGGCAUCGGAGAACGGAUCCAUCAGGUCUAACGGGACAAUAAAACUGCCGUUCAAUUCUCCAGCAUAUUUCGAGGACGAGGAGGACCUCAUGCGAAGAGCUCUAGAAACGGCUGUCACUGCAGCCAUUGACUUGUUCCAAGGAGUCGACAAGCAGCAACUGUCAAACCUGGGCGCGACAACUGACCUGACUGGUCCCGACGUAGAGAAGCUGAUUGAGCGAUAUGUAGCAGAGUCGGUACACGAUUCGCUACUAUUCCCUCGGUUAUGUGCGUUUCACAAAGCACAGGACCACGAACUUGACCGCAGAAUACGGCAGAUGGACUGUCUGGACGUCUCGCAAGUUGGAAUCGCUAUAGAAGACGGUCGGAACGGCAAGCGAGAUCUCAUCAGCAGAAUCAAUCGCGGAGUUGGAGUCUUUCGAAAGAUGGGCGUGGCUGGUAGUCCACAAGAAAUGCUGGAUAUAUUACUCGAAACGCAAAAGGCGGUGUCAGAGCCGGCGGGAACCUCGGAUGAGGAGAAGAAGGCCGUGGCGGCAAUGACCAUCAACGCCGACGUCCUAGUAUCCAUGCUUUUACUCGUCGUCAUCCGGGCCUCGGUAAGACAUCUCCAGGCGCGAUUGUCGUAUAUGCAGCGCUUUAUCUACAUUGACGACGUCGAAAGUGGCGAAAUCGGCUACUCUUUGAGUACUUUGGAGGCAGUGCUGACAUAUCUGGCACGAGAUGCCGGCGGAUUACGGAAAGCAUCCAAGCAGAACCAGUCGCUGUGGAAAGCAGUCAAAAGUGGAAAGGUCGACGAGGUCAGAUCGAUAUUUGAAGAGUCCGCUAUCAUGGACGACGACCUGGUCGAGGAGCCUUUGGAAAUUCCACUAUCAAGAAAGACCACCGUGUUGAACAUGGCAGCUGAUGCAUGUGCUAGACCCAUGCUGUCACGAAAUCCAUCCAGCGAAGGGGGCCUUUCGCACGUUUUUCCUUUCCAAGCAGCGGAGAAGAAAAAUCCGAUCCCUAAGCAGAAGAAGAAGGUCCACAUGGCCGCUAGAAGCAUGUCGAUUUCUUCUGUACACUCGGGUUUGUCUAGAGCAGCGACCAUCGAGACGACACUCAGCGGCAUAGAGGGUGACACCUCUGUGCAAAGCCUUGCGCAGACCCAAGACGCGGUGGGGAACUCAGUCCUCAUGAUGGCUGUUGAGAGCCAGCAACCGCAAUCCUUACGUUACCUGCUGAGCCUCUCCGAGCAUUACACGCCGGAGGAAGUCAUGGCGGAUUCGAACCAAGAAGGAGCGACAUUGCUUAGUGCUGCCGUCCAGCUCGCCAAGACGGAGCUAGUCGACAUCAUACUCGACUUCGUUGAACAGAAUGCGGAAGAGGCAAAGUUCCGAGAGUAUCUAGCUGUCAAGGACACUCGAGGCAGAAGCGUUGCGCACUAUAUUUUCAACACGCCGAAACUGAUCAAGAGACUCGCCAAUGUCCUGCCUUGGCGGCAAAAGGACAAAAUCGGACAUACGCCUCUGUUUGCGAUCUGCCGCACGUACGACCAUCCCGAGUACAGCAGUAUGGUCUCUGAGGCCCUGAUAGCUGCGAGAGACGCCCAGCAGGAUGACGGUCCUUUGCGAAUUGAAGACCAUGUUGACAACAAAGGCAACUCCUUGCUACAUAUUGUUAACGACUCGGUCAUCAUGCAACGCAUACUCCAGUAUUGCGAGGUUGAUAUGAACGCUACCAACGACAAAAAAUUCACGCCCUUGAUGCUGGCAAGCAAGUACGGGCGCGUCGACAUGGUCAGGAUCCUUCUCGGCGAUCCCAGAGUCGACACCCAUGUGCGAGACUUUCGCGGUUUGACAGCGGUCGAACUGGCCAAAGAUGACGAAGUGCGAAACCGAAUCGACGACCUGAUGUUGUUCUCGCCUGCGAAUACAGUCGACGCAGCUGGCCGCAUCACGGCAAUCGUCCGCUCCUUCUUCGUCGAGGACGGCUCGACGCGAUUCAUCCUCAAAUCCGGCGCUCCCAACCCUGCCGUUUCUAGCACGACUUACACCAUAACCACCUCUCGUCGCGCCCUCAUCGAUUUCGAAAAUCUGGCAAAAUGGCUCUCGAUGGACUCUCCCGCUUCGUACAUGCCUAUCAUGUCGGCCUCGAACUUCCGCAACCCGUUUCAACUGCAUUCCCGGCCUUCGAGGGCUGUUUUGUACGAUUCGCAAUGCCACCUCGACCGGUUUCUCAAGAUUUUGAUGAAACACCCUACAUUCUCCACACAUGAGAUGCUCUGGGAAUUCUUCCUGGUGCCCGACAUGUUGCAGGAGCAGAUGGCUGAGCGGGCCCGACUCAAGGCGGAACUCGUGCAGGAGAAGAUCACCGAUGAAUACGACCCUUUGACCUCGAGAGCGGACAUGAACGCCGUGGACGGCCUGGUCUCUCACUCCCGCGACAUGGUGCGCAAAAUCAACAUCGCCACCCGCUCGGUUGUCCGUAAAGGCUACGCUUACGUGCAAGCGCAGGCCGACUUUGCAGAAGCUCACUCCCUUUGCGCCGUGGCCUUUGCCACUCUCGCCGAGCCUGCAACAACUCUAUCAGACCCACUUGCGCACACCUUUCUCCGACUCGCCAGUCUGAUGCAUACGGAACCCGCGUCGUCGCCCUUGCGGAAUUACAUCGCUUCCCUGCAGACUUUCCAAUCUACGAUCAUGGCUGUGCAGUCCGCGCUGCUGAAACCCUCGGCGCUGAUUGAUAAGAUCACAUCCGCGCAGAAACAGAUCGAAAAGGACAGGUUGAAUCUGGCCAACAACUCUGUGCCACGCAAGGGGCUUCUGAAGAACGUGAAUCUCCCGUUUCCCGGCACGGAGGAAUCGCGGAUGAAAGCCCUCAAAGAUACGGAGCGCAAGGUGGUCGAGAGGGAACUAGAAGUAGAACGCCUAGGUCGCGAGCUAAGGUAUACCAACGAGGUUGUCGUGGGGGAGUUGGCAGGCUGGAACGACUGGAGGGAAGGGUGGGGCAGAGAAGAGGUCAAGAGGAUGGUCAGGCAGACCGUCGUCCUGGAGCGGGAACGGCUGAGAGCAAUGCAGAGGGCGAUGAGGGCUAUAAAGGGAGAGUAA